AUGGAGAUCGACCGGAUCGUAUGGCAAAAGACGGAUUCUGGAAAGCAGCUGCAGCGGCGAAACACAUCAGGCAUUUCGUUUGAUGCAAUGGUUUUGUUGAAGAUUUACAAAAAAAAAGGUUCAUCCUCCAACAAUCAUGUGAUGGAAGGAAAAGAUGAAAAAGCUAUUGAAGCUCCAGAAUUGCAUCAAGCCCAAAAGCUGCCGUUUCUUCAAAAUCAGUCCGUCAAUUGGACACAAAGCCCUACUUUUGAAGCAAAACAAGUUGGCCUCUACAACAAUCCAAACUAUGGUGGAUUCAAUACUGCUUUCUGUGCCCAAGAUCAAGCCCAGAUGACUGUACCUCUUCAAAUACAUCCACGUCAUCAGAUUGUGGAGAAAAUGGAACAUUUAAACCUUAAUUGGACCACCAGGCCAACUCUAAUAUCUGAACCUAUUGGUCAAUGGCCAUCAAAGAAGGAUUCUGGUGGCAUGGCUUUGGAUAGUCAUUCAGAUUAUGGAUUCAAUGCUGGAUUUUGUUAUCAACAAAAUCAACCUUUUGGGCUGAAACAAGUAGAAAGUAUAGGUCAACAUUUAGAUGGACUGUUGAAUUUGGAGAUAAAGGUUGCUGAGCCUAAUGAGAACCAGGGUGUUCAAGUUCCAAAUUUCAGCAAUGAGAUGGAACCACCAUCAACACCGGUUGUGACCUCCGAAUUCGGUUGUCAAACUCCUUGUACUAGUUCAUGUGUUGCAUCCGAGACUAGAGGAGAUAGAACAAGAGUUUAG